AAGUCGCACCUGAGUAUAAGUCGCAGGACCAGCCAAACCAUGAAAAAAAGUGCGACUUAUAGUCCGGAAAAUACGGUAUUUAUUUUUGGAAUUUGUGUGAACUUCAAAGCCAAUGACAAAUCAGAACACAUCAAAGCCAAUGAAAAGUCAGAACACUUCAAAGUCAAUGAAAAAUCAGAACACAUCGAAGCCACAUGAUGUCAUAACUCACCUUUUGUGCACACUAUGCUUGCGAUAUUACCAUUCUAGUUUAGUUCAGCUACGACACACAGUGUUCAGUACACAUUGCAAGCAUCUAAGAAGCCAGCUUUUAACCCAGCUAAAUUUUCAGGAAGGUGAAAUACUUUGUUCAGGAUAGGAGAAAAAUGCCUAGAAAACGAUCUGACAAAUUUUCAUCCCUGAAGUCCUUGGACUCUCAAAUUUGCAGUCUCAUCGGCUUGGACGAAGAUGAGAUGUUUGAGGAGGAAAUCACACAAGUAGAGGUGAUCAAAACUAAGAAUAAGAAAAUGAAGCAGUCUGAGGAACGCUCUGAAAAAGUUAGAGAGGGCAAGGACAAACACAACACUGCUCUUGAAGAGGACUUGAAGGAGAAAAGAAGAAAAAAAUCUGCCAUAUUUCCACCCCUGAUGUCCAUGACCUCUGAAAUGAUUAAUCGCGUUGAGAUGAUUGACGAGGAAAUCAUAGAGGAAGUAGAGGUGAUCGAAAAUGAGAAUGAGAAAAUGGAGCAGUCUGAGGAACGCUCUGAAAAAGUUAGAGAGGGCAAGGAUCGCACACUGUCACCUGAGGGUCACAUGUUAUCAGAGCCUGAGGAACACAUUGUGGAGUACAGUCAGAGGUUUUCAGGCGAUGAGUACGAGGAUCGGGCCUCUGUCGACAGCAAAGAAUACGACGACUGUUUCUUUGAAGAGUAUGAAGAAGACUGUCUUUCGGAGGUUGUAGAGGAACGAAAAGACAACACUGCUCUUGAAGAGGACUUGGAGGAGGAAAGAAGAGCCAAAACUGCUCUUGAAGAGGCCUUGGAGGAGGAAAGAAGAAACAAAACUGCUCUUGAAGAGGCCUUGGAGGAGGAAAGAAGAAACAAAACUGCUCUUGAAAAGUCCCUGGGGGACGAAAGAAAAGCUAAAGUUGCUCUGAAAGAGACCCUGAAGAAGGAAGUACGGGCUAAAGCUGCUUUGGAAGAAGCUUUGGCGAAUGCAGAAAAAGCUACAGCUGAACAGAAAAAAUUUUGGGAGCAGGAGCGAAAAUUAAAAGACAGUCUCUGUGUUGAAAUGGAGUUUAUGAAGGCACAGGUGGCUGAUCUUCAGGAGUCACAGAAAGAGUUUCAGCAGCAAAAAGCAAAACUGAAGAACACCAUCACUAAAAGGACAGUGGAUCUUGAAGAGGGCAAGAAGGUGAUUGAGAAGCUAAAGAAUGACCUGGAGGAGUCCUCUAACCGACACAAGAAAGAAGCAGCACAGCGUGAGAAGGUGCUUUAUGCCAAAAUCAAGGAACUAGAGGAAUGCCUCCAUGAGAAGCAGCAGGAAAGUCAGGAGAAAGAAAAUAAAAUUCAUUCUCUCUACUCGAAUAUUCAGACUCUUCAAAGUGACAGUAAAGCCAAGGAUGACACUAUUUCCUCACUGCAGGAGACAGCUGACCAGAGGGCUUUAGACCUAAAAGAAGAGAAAACCAAAAACUGUCUACUCCAGAGGGACUAUGAGGCUGCUGUCUCCCAGCAGAAUAAGGAUGCAGGACAACUGAACCAUCUGACUCAGGAAAACCAACAACUGAUAUCUGAGAACAAAAGGCAGCAAGAUCUUCAUGACUCAUCCCUGAAAAAGAGGGAAUUUGAUCAAAAACAGGUCCAGGAAGAAAAAAAUGCUUGUACCCAACUUGAGAAUGCCCUUACAAAGGAGAAGGGUCGGAUCUUGAGAGCACAUAAAAAGAUACAGAUGCAAAAGGACGAGCUCUUUGAGAAGACACUGGCUUUAGAAAAGAGUCUGCUCACGGAAAAAUAUUUGAGGUCUACCCUCAAAAGAGAGAGGCGUCGCUAUGAGGAGGUGGUUUUACAAAAGCAGACUGGAGUCGAUCCUCUGACAAUCCUCAGCAACCAACUGAAAGAAGCAUGUACAUCCUCAGAGCAUCUGAUGUAUGACCUACAGACAUUAAAGAUGGAGAACGCAGAUAUCAGAGCUAAAUUUAACGCCACCGAAACAGACUAUGAGAGAAUAAAAGCUAAAUACCGUGCUCUCUCUGAGAGCCAUGAAGAGAUGAUGUCAAGGAAGAGUGGAACCAUCAGUAAGCUCCAGUGUGUAGUAGAUGAACUCAAAGCACGACAGUCAGAAAACAAGACAAGACAGACAGAACUUGAAGCUGCUCUAAAACAUGAAAAGACAAGAAACUCCAACGUGCAGCAGAAGGUUGAGGAAAUUUCCUCUGCUCUUGACAGAGAAAAGGCUGCAUCUGAGAAACACCGUGUCGAACUCAAGGAAGCUUUGACCAAAUUGAACGAAACCUUGGAAGAAAAGCAGCAACUUGCCGUGGAUCUCCAGAGAGCUCAGGACAACUGCUCACUGCUUCAGGAACAGCAGCUGGCGGGGUCAAACUCUCAGCUUAGACGCAUCAAUGGCACUGAGUUCAACCACCAGCAAACUGCCCUGGAUGAGAUCUCCAAGGCUCUAUACCACCUACAAAAGGAGUACACUGAACUAGAGAGAAGGCACAGUGACGUUUAUUCUAACUAUUGUGAGCUGCUUAAAAGUUACGCUGACCUCCAAAUCAGAUAUGAGAGGCUCAGCAAAGCAUAAGAAACCCAACUGGAGCGGGGCCUGGGGCCGGCUUUGGGCCUUAGUUCCUGCACCAGUUGGG